GAUCACUUACAACUGAGGAGCCUUGAGCCAAAGGGGUAAAACGAAACUGCAAAUAUUUAUCAUAUUUUUACUCCUAACUAACCUUGGCAUGAUUUUGCAGGGAACCUCCCCCAUACCCAACAUCAGGUGUCAGUGAUAAGCUCAUUCCUCCCCGUUCACAUGAGGGGCUAUGACUGACAAUGAGACAGGCAGAAAGACAGAGGAGGACAACAGAGACAGUCCUGGAUGAAUUUACACUCAUCCGUACAGACAGCUGAGCAGAGGCACAGCAGACUGGUAGUCAGUGAAUGAGCAUUUGAGGCACAGUAUCACUGCACGAUGAGCCUCAACGUCGCGGGACUGGUGGUGAUGGUUGUCUUCUACCUGAUGGUUCUGGGCACCGGCAUCUGGGCCUCCAUGAGGUCCAAGCAGGUGCAGAAGGAGAGCCAGGCAGACCGCACAGCAGUCACUCUCCUGGGAAACAGGGGGAUCAGCCUCGUGGUGGGAGUCUUCACCAUGACGGCUACAUUUGUUGGGGGAGGCUUCAUCGUUGGUAUGACAGAGGCUGUGUACACUCCAACCAUGGGACUCACCUGGGCUGUUAUGCCAGUUACAGCAGCCAUGUCUUUCAUUGUGGGUGGACUUUUCUUCGCCAAGGAGAUGAGAGACAAAAAAUAUGUGACAAUGAUGGACCCGUUCCAGAUCAAAUAUGGAAACUCGAUUGGUGGCGUUCUGUCUGUGGCACUACUGAUUGCUGACAUAAUCUGGGUGACAGGAACUCUUAUCGGUUUAGGUUCAACUAUGAGUGUGAUCCUGGAUUUGUCCUAUGCUCUUUGCAUUUGGAUCUCUGCAGCAGUAGCCACCGUAUACACCCUGAUGGGAGGCCUCUACUCUGUGGCCUACACAGACAUCAUACAGCUAACACUCAUAUUUUUCAGUUUGUGGAUCUCUGUCCCCUUCAUCAUGAUGAACCCCCACUCAGUUGACAUCACCAAGACCGCUUUCAACUUUACCUACCAGGCCCCCUGGAUUGGUACAGUAGAAAAAGAAAGCGCAUGGAGGUGGAUUGAUGAUUUCUUAAUAUUGACUUUAGGUAACCUUGGAUAUCAGGACUUCCACCAGAGGACGCUGUCGGCCUCCUCAUCAGCCACAGCCAGGAUCACCUGCUUUGUUGCAGCUCCGCUCAUCAUCAUACUUGGAAUCCCUUCUGUGUUGAUUGGAGCAGUCGCAGCAUCAACGAACUGGAACAUGACCUUAUAUGGCCCCCUGUCCCCAUAUGAGCGAGGUGAGGCUGGUCAGGUUCUGCCCAUUGCUCUGCAGCACCUCACCCCAAAUUACAUCUCCAUUAUUGGUAUUGGAGCUGUAGCUGCCGCCGUGAUGUCAUCAACAGACUCAGCUUUAUUGUCGGCUGCCUCCAUCUUCACAUCCAACAUCUAUAAGAACAUCCUGAGGACCAAGGCAUCAGAUAGGGAGCUCCAGUGGGUGAUCCGUGUCAUUGUGGUGUUGGUGGGCUUGGCUGGCACAUCACUGUCCUUCCUACACAACAGCAUCAUGGUUUUCUGGAUCCUGGGCUCAAGCAUAACCUACACUAUCAUGUUCCCUCAACUCGUCUGUGUCCUCUUCUUUAACAUCUCCAAUGGCUACGGCUCCAUCAUGGGCUUGAUAGUAGGGGUGUUGUUGAGAGUGCUGAGUGGUGAUCCUUCCAUAGGAUUGCCAGUUAUUCUCCACUUCCCAGGUUGCACUGUUGAGGACGGUGUGUAUGUCCAGCGCUCUCCUGUUAUGACUAUCUGCAUGUUGUCCAACAUGUUUGCCAAUUUGUUAUUCUCAUACCUGGCUUCACUGCUCUUCAACAAAGGACUGAUUUCUGGGAGGUGGGAUGUAUUCAAAGUGAAAACCCCCAAACCGCCACAGAAAUUAAGAUUAAAGAGCAAUGGCACCAACAUAGCAGACGAGGAGGAGAAACCUGAAGAUCAAAAUGAGACUGAAUUAAUGUUGACCACAAAUCAGCAGGACUGAUAGAGAAACAAUUCAAAAGAAUGCAAAUGUGUUUUUUAUAUAGUUAUAUUAUCAUGUUUACAUACAAUACUUUUUCUUUUUAAAAUAAUGAUCUUGGCCACAUGAUGGUGUAAGAAUUCAUCCUUUGGGAGAAGGGCACGUGCUAGUGAAUUUGUAGUAAUUUCAUUGGCUUUAAUUAUGUUUUUGUGGGGUUUGAUUAACUGAACAGUUGAUUUUUGUUCCUUGAUAGUGGUGUAAUUUUAAAUUUAACAUUCAAACAAUCAAUUAAUGCCCAAAUUAGCUAGGAAACUGUGUAUUAAUGAAAAAGAUGAAUGAAUGAAUGAAUGAUUGGAGUUGCUGGAUAAAUCUAUAGACCUCCGACUCCCUCCCUUACAUUGUGACAUUUAUGCUCGUAUAGUGUAUAAUGUCUUAUAUAGGUACGCAGCUGAAAGUUAUCCCACUUAACAUGUCUGAGCUCUCAAAUAAGGUUUUUAAGUAAGGGGCGCUUAAAAAUCCCAUCCACAUUAAGACAUUUUAAAAAUUCUCUGCUUGGAA